GCACGCACGCCGGCGGAUUGAGGGUAGUUUAGUCUUUUUAAUAUUCCUUGUUUUCUGCUUUUUUUUUUCCCGAAAAGGAGAGAUAAGUCAUCCAUAAUCGCGUGGGCUUGAAGACGAUAAAAAGGCAUAACGAAGAAGAAGAAGAAGAAGAAGAAGAAGAAGAAGAAGAAGAAGAAGAGAGAACAAACAAGUACAACGAUGGGUGAAGUUGUUAAGGAUGGAAGAGAAGAAGUGAUACAGGCAUGGUAUAUGGAUGAUAGCGAAGAGGAUCAGAGACUUCCUCACCACAAGGAUCCUAAGGAGUUUGUAUCUUUGGACAAACUUGCAGAGCUGGGAGUACUUAGCUGGAGAAUUGAUGCUGAUAACUAUGAAACCGAUGAAGAUUUGAAAAAGAUUCGUGAAUCUCGUGGUUACUCCUACAUGGACUUUUGUGAGGUAUGCCCUGAAAAGCUUGCAAACUAUGAAGAGAAAGUAAAGAGCUUUUUUGAAGAACAUUUGCACACUGAUGAAGAGAUUCGUUAUUGCGUUGGAGGAAGUGGAUACUUUGAUGUGAGGGAUCGCAAUGAGGCUUGGAUUAGAGUAUUGGUAAAGAAAGGGGGUAUGAUAGUCUUGCCUGCUGGAAUAUAUCAUCGCUUCACCGUCGACUCAGACAACUAUAUCAAGGCAAUGCGGCUUUUCGUGGGUGAACCGGUCUGGACACCAUACAAUCGCCCACAUGACCAUCUGCCCGCAAGGAAAGAGUACAUCGAUAAUUUCGUGAAGGUGAACGGGGGCGGUGCCAUAGACGCGUCAGCCUAGAGGUCAGUCUUAGGCGUCAGAUUUCUAUAAACUAAGCAUACAAUAAAGAGGAAGCUCUGUCUGAUCUUGGAUAUGUAUAUGUUUAGAUGUGGUCUUUAUGGUUUAUUUAUGUCAUCCACUUAUAGUGAAGAGACUUUAAUUCGUGUGUGGCUUUGGCAUUAUGGUUGCGUUGUAAUAUCUUUCAUGGUGUGUCAACUUAUAACUUACCACAUUUAUGUUGUCUAUAUGUACUGUAACAAUUGGAUGAGAAUCAGGAGAUGUUCAUGUUAACAAUAUACAUCAAAAGUAAAAAUAAAAAGAAGAACAACUUUGAAGCUA